AUGAAUAAUUCAAACAAUAAUCUGAAGAAAGAGUUUAACUUAGUUACAAACAUGAAGAUGUACUUCCAAAAGAAUAUCGGAUAAAUAAUAUAAAUUAAUAAUGAAGAAAGCCAAGUUGAAAUAAUCUCAAAAUCAGACCCUUUUUUCUUACCUGAUUUAAAAUCGAUGAUAUUCAAUUUAGUUGAUUUAGAGAAUGAUAAUCUUUAUGAACUAAGUAUUAAUCAAUCUCAAUAUACACUUUCAUCCACAGCUUCUUCAAGUAUAAAAUUAAAAAAUUUAGAUAAUAUAUUACCAAUAUAAAAUUUGAACUAUGAACCCUCUUCCAUAGACUCAGAGUGUGAAGAAUUUUGA